AUGGCGACCCUGCGAAAACCCCUCUCCGAUGUCCUGCCUCCUCUGAUACUCGGCACGGCUACCUUCAACCACCAGUAUCAUCCCGAUCCGGCGCACAUGCCCUAUACCGACAUCGUCGGACGCGCGCUCGCUCACAACAUCCUCGGCUUCGAUACCUCGCCCUACUACGGCCCCUCCGAGAUUCUUCUUGGUGAUGCGCUGCGCAAGUUGACACCUCCGCCGCCGCGAGAGGGAUACUUUCUCAUUACAAAGGCCGGUCGCAUCGCGAGCGACGAGUUUGACUACUCGCCUGCUUGGAUCCGGUACAGUGUGUGUCGCAGUCUGGAACGACUGGGCACGCCGUACUUGGACUUGGUAUACACACACGACGUCGAGUUUGUGUCGCCUGAGGAAGUCCUCGGUGCGGUCAUGGAGCUGCGGCGGUUGAGGGAUCAGGGCUUGAUUCGAUACGUGGGCAUCAGUGGAUAUCCUGUCGAUACGCUUGCCUCGCUGGCCGAGAUGAUUUUGCGCGAGACAGGAGAGCCGCUUGAUGCUGUUCUAUCGUAUGGGCAUUUCUGUGUUCAGAAUAGCCAGCUGGGUGAGAAGGCUCUGCUGGAGAGGUUCAAGGAUGCUGGGGUAGAAUGCUUGUUGAAUGCUAGCAUGCUCAACAUGGGACUGUUGACGACCCGUGGUGUUGAUAACAGUCCCAUGGCGACUUGGCAUCCUGCUCCUGGAGAGCUUCGGCAGUUGUGCUCUAACCUGUCUGCCAUUGCGCAACAAGAAGGCGAGCAUCUGGAAGAGGUAGCCAUUCGAUGGGCGCUUGAGAACUGGGCGCGCGUAGGAUCGCCAUUCGGUACCAAGCUCAACCCAGGAUCCUCAAGCCGUCUCGGCGUCAGCGUCAUGGGUGUCUCAAGCGUCGACGAGCUGGAAGAGACAUGGAACCUGUGGAGCAGCGUGGUAGGCCUCGCAGACGCUGAGGCCCAGCGCAGGGAGAAGAUUGCUAGGAUUGUAAAGGACAAGAUGUGGCCAACUCUCGGGCGGUGGAAGGAUUUCGAGUGGGAGAGCGGCGGGCCCAAGUUUGUCAAUGCGAGGAUCGAGAUGGGGGUUGUUCCGAGGGAUGGGACGGCUGAGAGGUGGCGGUUGAUACCCAGCGUGUUGGAUACGCUUAAGAUUUAG